AUGGGUAUAAUUGGGUGGUCUGAUUUACCUGUAGAUCUAGUUGAUUUGGUAGUCGAUCGUUUAUCUUCCAACAUUGACCUCCUCCGUAUCUGUAGCAUCUGUAAACCUUGGCGUUCCACGGUUGCGGCUAAGAAGCGUGUCCGGAACCACUUUCAACGUAAUCUUCCUAUUUUCAAGAGGAGAAAGACAGUCUUUCUCACUACUUUCUUCCGUGUAACUCUCCCUUCUUUGUGUCCUAACAAAGGAUGGCUGAUCAAAAACAGACAAAUCUCUGAAUUGAGUAAGAACAGACACUUGUCUCCUCUGUCUGACCAGACCAUAACCCUUUCUUACAAAACCCUAGACCUAUUGAAGUUUAGUUUCAGAGAUUCGUCAAUCUUACAACGUUAAUUUUUCGUGAAUUCGAGUAGAGUUGUUUUCCUAGACAAUCUGUUUUUCGUAGUUGACUACGAAAACAUGAUUUGGUGUUGCGAGAGCGGAGAAGAAAGUAGAUAUUGGACAAGAAUAAACAAUAAAAAAAGUGAAGAUUUCUUGGAUAUUAUACUUCACAGAGGAAAUAUCUAUGCCUUAGAAUUAAAAGGAGGAAUUUGGUGGAUUAGUUUAUCUAAGCUCAACAUAUAUCAAUACAAACCUUCAACUCCAAAGGACGACGACGACAUUAAUAAAUGCAAAGAAAAUAGACUCUUGGAGUAUUGUGGAGAUCUAUGCAUUCUUCAUCGUUUCUGUAAGAAACCUCGUGAAAAUCGAUUUAGUUGUGAGAGAACUGUUGGUUUAAAGGUUUAUAAGAUGCACGAGGAUUUGGUGAAAUGGGUUGAGGUCAGUUCCUUGGGAGACAAUGAUAAGAAAGAGAACUACAAGGCACUAAUUGUAGCUACGGACAGCUGUUUUACUGUCUUAGCCUCCGAGUACUAUGGAUGUUUGGAGAAUGCUAUCUACUUUAGUGACGGGGAUUAUGAUAGUGUGUUUAAACUUGAUGAUGGUAGCAUCAUUACCAAGCAGAUUGGUUCUUUUUAUUCUCCGCAGAGUUGUUUCCAGAUGUUGUCUACUCCUUUCCUCUGA